CGAACAACUCCAAGCAGGGUCCACCUCCGCCCAACCAGAUCCAGCCGCCAGAGUCACCGCUCCACUCUGCUCUCCAUGCCGGCCGCCGCUGCCAGCCAUAGGCUGUACAGAGAAGAGUGCAAGCGCACUAAGCACGACUCUGCUUUCUCCGAAUGGAAGAUUUUGGUUGGGCCAUCUGAUUGGCAAGACUACGUCUUGGGUGUGGAGGGGGCUGAAAGAUACAGAACUCAGAACCUUCCAAACUCUGCUUCUUGCCCGGGAAUUUAUGAGCUUGGUAUUAUCUCAGUUCCAAAUGCUCAAUCAAGGCUAGAGACUAACAAAAACAAUUUUGAUACUGCCGAUGUUGUUCCAGUUUAUGUUGGACAAGCUGACAACGUUAGGACUAGACUUCAGCAGUAUGGCCGCGAUGGUUCUCAUUUAGAGAAUGGUUGCGCAAAAGGUGAUUUGUCUUUGGACAAAGAUGCCAUAUGCCUUAAGGGGCCUUCAUUCUUCACAAGUUCCUUUUCUAGAGGCUUCACCAUUGCAUAUAGGUGGGCUCCGAUGAAAAGCAAGAAGGAUGCUGAGAAGGCAGAAACUCAACUGCUUGAUACAUUUGAUUAUGCAUGGAACACAGACAGUAACGGUGCAAGACGUGAUAAAGAUGUCCUCUCCAAACUUGAUCUCAUCUCAUCAAGAGCAUCUUCUCUCCCCCUUAUCAUCCCUUCUAUCAUUACUAGGCUCAAGUCAUCAUUUCAAAAACCAAAAGGCAUUAAAAUUGAAGCUUGUGAGCCUCUUCCUUUGCAGAACGGAUCUCAAUUCUAUGAUGAUGCUAAAAGCAGUCACUUCCUUCCCCAGAUUUUCAAAUUUGGGAGAUCCCGGCCAACAAUAGUUUCAGUUAACUCUGGGGUGAAUGAAAACCAUGUCAGUAGUAUAUGUGGAGUUGCACUAGGCCAUGGGUCAGUUUGUAUAAGGUCACCUGUGAGUAAGGGAAGCAAAAGGUGUUUUGAGCAUAGGGGGAUGAAGAUUAACGGAUUAUUAACUCCAAAGUUGAUUGCUAAUGAUGAGAAGAAUUCAGAAGACACUCGUAUUUGUGGCUUUCUCCUAGAAAAUGGUUCCACUUGUGUGAGUAAACCAUUUGGGAAGAACAAAAGGUGCAUAGAGCACAAGGGAAGGAGAAUUCCCGGGAAAGGGAAAGAGAGAGAAAUUCAAUCUGAGAUGCAAAAAUCCUAUGAUGAUUCACAAGAUGAAGGUCUGAGGAAUAAACAAGAUAUUACUCAGUGUCUUAUUAUUAGUCCUUUCAAAACUACUGCUAGUAAGGAUGAAAGGAGCAAUUCUGUGAGAACUUGUGGGGCAACUUUGAAAAAUGGGUCCUCUUGCAGAAGAAAACUCGCUGAAGAAUGUUAUUUGGUGUCCAAAUAGUCCCAAACAUUGAACGUAAGGGUGGUGGACAGGUUGAAGUUGUGUUCCCGCUAAGCUUCCAAUUUUCUGGGCGCGGCAGUCUCGGAUUGUGGUUCUUAGAACUGGCGGUGUCAUUUUCAGUCAGUCCUUGCCAGCUUUGGUCCUGGAUAUACUGCUGGACACUGUGGCUGGUGGACACUGUCCUAGUUUGGGACAAGGCCUCCCCGGAUUUUCACUGGUACCUGAACCGUGGUUCCGCUUCACUGGGAACCAGUGCAGUUUCAGUCUCUAAAAUAUGACCGGGCUGGCCAAUUUCGACUUUGCUGCAAUUUUUUAAAAAAUAGAUCCGGAGCAGGACCUAUCCGGAGCAGGACCUAUCUGAGUCUAGAAUCAGAAUCAGAACAAUGUCCUCGGAUGCAGGGGAACCUCUCUAUGCAUCUACAAUAGUCUUUCAUAAUUUUCAUAUUUCAUCACGAGAAUAAAGGAUUUUCAACAUGUGAAGGAUGUCUUGUGAUGGAUUAUUUUGAUAAUUUGUUUACACAAAUCUAUUGCAAGAAAUCCUAGCAAUUAAACCAUCCAUCUGCAAAAGGAAGACAGACUGGUUUGUAGCAAAACUUGAGUUCUCCAACAGGGCGUAUUAGGAGAAUAAAUUAUGCGAAAAGACUUGCUUUAUUAAUCAUAGAGGAGGUACCUAAAUCUCUAGAGAUAAGGAGACCUAUUUGAAUAAGAAAACAAAUGUAAUAUGGUAACAAAAUAAAUACUCCGUAGUACUAAUCUAAUACUCCGUAUAUUGUAAUAAAAUGCCUUUUCA